CACAAGCAUACUGUCACACUUUAACGGUGUGAGGUCUACAGCAACGAUGGCAGUUUUGAUACUCAAUCCAGACAAGUUUUCAGAGUUCGCAUCACAAGAAACCUAUCUCUAAAUGAUGAAAGCAGUCGGCGUGGCGCGCUCACGGCUCGAUCUCGCAUGAUUUACAUGCAGGAUGUCAGUGUUGCUGAAAAGCCGGUAAGAUAGUGCAAAGUGAGUUUGCUUACGAGAGCUGCCUAUUCAGCAUCACACAAAGGGAUCUACUGAGUUCAGUGGUCUACUGGCAUUAGGUUUGAAUGCCAUAAAGAAACAACUUCUACUCUUCAACGAAAUGGAUCACUUCGCAGCAGAGUGCCUUGUGUCAAUGUCCAGCCAAGCAAUAGUCCACGGUCCGAAAGGGAAUAGAGAGAUCAAGCCCGAAACUGCGGCUGCACAGAGGAAUGGAGAAGAAACCAAGGAGUCUUUGAAAGACAACUCAUCCCUUUUUGUGGUGGCGAGAAUUCUGGCGGAUUUUAAUCAACAGACCCCCACCAAUUUUGCCGAGCAGGCAAAAAUAAAGGAGGAGAGCACGCCACCAACAGCAACCCUAACCAGAGAUGAUGGGAACUCUGCCACACCUACCACCACCAUCACCGGCGACUCUGCUCUUAAACAAAGAAGCAAACGAUUUAGGGGUCGAAUUGAACAAGAACCCCCACAGAAAAAGCACAAAUGCCACUAUUCAGGGUGCGAAAAAGUUUAUGGCAAAUCAUCCCAUCUCAAAGCCCACCUAAGGACACAUACAGGAGAACGCCCCUUUCCCUGCACCUGGCCUGACUGCAGUAAGAAGUUCGCUCGCUCUGAUGAGCUGGCACGGCACUAUCGCACCCACACAGGAGAGAAGAAGUUUGGCUGCCCCCUGUGUGACAAGCGAUUCAUGCGGAGCGACCACCUGAUGAAACACGCACGCCGUCACUCCGACUUCCAGCCGGCCAUGCUGAAGAGGCAGCACGGCGGUGGCAAUGCCACCAUCUCGAGCAGCAUGCGGCCCAGCUCCCUCAGUGAUUACAGUCGAUCUGACGCCUCAAGCCCCACCCUUAGCCCCACCCUCAGCCCAGCCAACUCGCCUUAACCUGGCCGCACUUUCUUCCCACCGUGUCUGGGUGUCCAGGCUCAUUUUUAAAUUCUUCUCUAUCCAUCAUUUUUAUCCCCCUAAAAAAUUUAGCAGAAUAAUAAGCACCAUGCUAAACCCCGCCGCUUGCUGUGGUGUACUGUAUUGUACAUGACUGCUUCUUGUAGUGCAAUUUUCUUGUGCAACCCCGCAACCCCUAUAAGAGAAAAAAAAAACACAAAAAAGAAAAUGCCUUUUCCCCAUGGCAAUAUUAACAUGAUGUACCAUACGUCUGUAUUUUUAUAGCUUCUGGCCACAGCCUCUUUUCAUUAUGGGUUUUAGUUGCUUUCAUAUACAACCGCUCCGUUCAAAUGAACUAAAAAGUUGAAAGGUUUGACAGGUAAAGAUGUUUCUUUUUAUUUAAAACGGGUGAGGGAGGGGGCACACAUACACCUCAGGAUUCAGAACAGUUUUUUCCUCUUUAAUACUCACAUUGACUGCACAAUACAAGCAUCACUUUACUCCGAAAUUCAACAGAGGUUGAAUUUUGCGCCAUGCUCAGGGAUGGCCUCAUUAGCUUGAAAGAAUGAACACGAUGAAGAGAAACAUACGUUAAGAAACAGCCUUACACAUGGACAAAAGGAAACUUUGCACUCUUUAUUUUUUUUAUUUUUUGAGUUUGUUGGUUGGUUGGUUUUCACAUCAGGGAAAGCAAAUUCUGGGUUUUAACAGUCAUUCAUUCUCUUUAUUGUUAUUAUUUUUUUUUUUUUAAAUCAGUCUUUUGAUGAGUGGCAGAACCACUCAGCAGAUAUGAAGGGUUGAAGGGGGCAAUUCUAUCUUGAGACUGGAAAUUACUAUUUUCAAUAUCGCUAUCUCCCGCUAACCCUGUAGUCACACAGAGCUCUGUUGGCCUGGCUUCAUGUUUCAAAGAGAAUCCUCUCAAUAUAGCUUGAAUGUCAUUAUCAGUCCACUUUUACAUGCUGAGCCACCCAAUGAGGAGAACAGACAGCACCACUUCUCUCGGUGGACUAAACUAAACUCCCCUUGAAAAUUUGGAGGCUGAAGUUUCAAAGCAGCUGUUUCCUCAAUAAAAACAGCACAUUCAUCAACUUCAGGGUUUUUCACUACAGUACAACACAUUCAAAAGGACUACGCCUACGUCAGAUUCAAAUAAAGACAAAAAGCACAUGAGCAGAAUCCACCAAAGACCAAGGUGUGAACGAGAGAACAUAGUGUUUUUUUUAUUCUACUCGGAGGAAGAAGGGAGGGAGGAAUGUUGGCAUUCUCUCAGGUAACAGCAGAUGUCCUGGCCCUCUGCUCUCCACAGAGCUCCAUCUGCAGAGGCCUUCCAUUUAGGAAACUGCAUCAU